CCGUCUACCCAGACAUCCUCAUCCCAGCCCACAUCGCAGACCUCCGUCGGUGACCUCGUGUAUCGUACAUCUUGAGAUGGCCCCGAUAAUCAACGUCAAGGGAAGCGACUCGGGGGCUGCGCGGAUUCUGGGCUCGGGUGCCUCAGGUGUGGCUGAGCUGCUGGUCUUCCAUCCGGUAGAUACCAUCUCGAAGCGGUUGAUGAGCAACAAGUCGAAGGUUUCCCUGUCCACUCUUUCUUCGAUCAUUUUCAGGGAGUAUGCGGCUGCGCCACUCGGAAAGAGGCUGCUAUCUCUAUUCCCUGGUCUUGGCUAUGCCGCAGGGUACAAGAUUACCCAGCGUAUCUACAAGUAUGGUGGGCAGCCGUGGUUCAGCGACAUCCUCUCGCGGAACUACAAGGCGAACUUCACGAAAACCUUUGGCGAGAGGAAGGGCAAGUUGAUGAUGCAGGCGACUGCUGGCAGUCUGACUGGUAUCGGUGAAGUCAUUUUGCUUCCACUCGAUGCUCUUAAGAUCAAGCGUCAGGUCAACCCCGAUGCCUUCCGAGGACGGGGUGUUAUUCGUAUCUUCCUCGAGGAAGGAACUACGCUUUACCGAGGCUGGGAAUGGACAAUGGCACGGAACGCACCCGGUAGCUUCGCUCUUUUCGGCGCAUCGGCGGUGGCGAAGGACUACCUGUUUGGCAUCGAGGACUAUUCCAAGGCUACGUGGGGCCAGAACUUCGUUGCAUCCGUAGCAGGUGCCGUGGCGUCUAUCAGCGUCGCCGCUCCACUCGAUACCAUCAAAACGCGGAUACAGAACGCGAACUUCGAGACGAAGGUCAGCGGAGUGACCGUGGUCAAGGAGUUGAUCAGGAACGAGGGCGUGACUGCGCUCUUCAAGGGCCUUACUCCGAAAAUCCUGGUAGUUGGUCCCAAGCUGGUCUUCAGCUACACUUUAGCACAGUCGCUCAUCCCUUGGUUCUCAAAAUAUGUAUGACCGUGCAUACGUUGUCUUGCUUGUUUCGUCGCUUCUGCGCGUCGUUUCUGCACGUCGCUUCUGCAGCGUUCACAUGCCUUCCUACGACAGCAUGAAUAAAAGUAUCCGUCACGCUCCGCACAUUCGCUAGAAAUCUACGCGCAUCUAAUGUAUUGGGAUUUGUAUUGUUGAGAUAGAUGGUUUCGGAGGCUCACCACUCAUAAAGUUACAUAUUCCUCUGGAGGCAUUGUAAUCGGUGCUCGCACAGAUAUUUGGUCGCGACCGUCCAACUUGCUCAUUCCCUUGUCUUCGUAUAACAGGACGCGUCGCGUCGCUGCAAUGAGCGCCUCACAACGUGCUUU